AUGCAGAUAGAUCUAUCUAUCUAUCUAUCUAUCUAUCAACCUGUGUCUUUGUAUGUCUGUCUGUCUGCCUAUCUAUCUAUCUAUCUCUCUAUCUAUCUAUCUAUCUGUUUUUCUCUGUAUAUCUAUCGGCAUCUCUUGUCUAUCAGUCUAUUUUUUUGUCGGUCUGUGUUCUUCUGUCCGUCAUCUAUCUAUCUAUCUCUAUCUUUUCUAUUUGUUUCUCAACAUAAAUUUCCUAUCUAUCUAUCUAUCUAUCUAUCUAUCUAUCUGUCUGUGUUUCUCUAUCUAUCUAUCUAUCUAUCUAUCUAUCUAUGUGUCUGUCUCUCUGUCUAUCUAUCUAUCUAUCUGUAUGUCUGUCUGUCAAUCUACGUGUCUGUCUGUCAAUCUACGUGUCUGUCUGUUUUCUCUAUCUAUCUAUCGGUCUCUCUGUCUGUCUAUCUAUCUAUGUGUCUGUCUCUCUGUCUGUGUUUCCUUUCUCUCUAUCUAUCUAUCUAUCUGUAUGUCUGUCUGUCAAUCUACGUGUCUGUCUGUUUUUCUCUAUAUAUCUAUCGGUCUCUCUGUCUGUCUAUCUAUCUAUGUGUCUGUCUCUCUCUGUCUUUCUCUUUCUCUAUAUAUAUCUAUCGGUCUCUCUCUCUAUCUGUGUUCUUCUGCCUAUCUAUCUAUCUAUCUAUCUAUGUGUUGUCUAUCUAUCUAUCUACAUGUCUGUUUUUCUCUAUAUAUCUAUUGGUCUCUCUGUCUAUCUAUCUCCAUUCACCUCUAUUUAUCACAUUUGAUGUUUAUUUUAUACUUAAAAUUUCUUUCAUUCAAAUAUUUUUUUUUGAAAUAAUGGAAAGAGCCCCUCCUCUUUCAUAUACCUACUUUCCCUUCUUUUCAUUUUCUCACGUUUCUUCUCUUUCUCUCAUUCCUACCCCUCCCUACCUCCCUUUAUGA